AUGGCGCAGAGAACUGAUCAUGAAAUGCUGGAAGAAGAGAACGAUAAAAUGGUCGAUCAUCUCUCAAGCAAAGUUCAAGCGCUGAAAUCGGUACUGUGUGAUUAUCUCUUUACAUCAAUGCGAUUGGUACAUUGGAGAAGUAAUGACUGUAUUGUAAGGUCCAGCUUAAUAACUAUUUAUAUAUCUUGUUAAAACGAUUAAAUUUGGAACCCCGAUGUAAAGAGUUUUUAAUUCUUUGGUUGCAAUAUUGAGAAAAGUAAUAUUCAUUCAUUUAUUUAAUUAUUUAUGUAUCCAGUUAUUUAUCCUUAACUUUUUACUUCCAUGCUAUUAGUUUAACCCUUCAACCCAUCUAAUUUCUCCUUACAACAUCAUCCCCACAUCAAAUAUGAAGGUCAUGAGAAUAAAGGAAAUGAUCAUCAAUUUAAGAAGCUUGUGAUUGUUUAACAAAUUCUCCCUGUUAGCACCUUAGGACAUGUAUAGAGAAUGGUUUUAAGAUUAUGCAUACUGAUGUUAGGGUUUUGAGGAGUUAAUUUAACUUCUGCAUCCUGGUAAUCUUGAGUUUUGUAAGGGAGGUAGUACAACUGGUCCCCAUCUUAUCUUUGAUCUUAAUAUCUUUUUCUUGUAGCUUACAAUAGACAUUGGAAAUGAAGUGAAAUAUCAGAAUAAAAUGCUGAAAGAAAUGGUUAGUUUUGUAGUCCUUUUGCCUUUUUUGAUUACUGUAAACACUGAGGGAUAAGCUGCAAUUGCAGAUAAGCCACAAUCCUCUUUUUUUUUGUUGCAAAUAUUACAAGAAUAAUGGUGUGGCUUAUAGGCUGGUGUUAUCAGUAUUUGUGUUUAAUUAUGACUACAGCUUUCACAUGCAGCUUUUUACUGGAAAUCUGUGUUUGGCAGAAAAGUUUUUUUUAAUCAGUAACCAAAGGUCCUUGGUUUACAAACUUUUCCUGUGAUCCUUAAACAUCCUUCAUAGGUUACUAUACUUAAGUGUUCUCCCUUAUUUUUAGCAUGACAGGUAAAAGAAAUUUUCAAACUGGCUGGGCAAUCUAUUUACCCCUUGGAUUUUAGGUGGUCAUGAGAGAGACUAUGGGCUUUGCUGACCAUAUUCUCUCUUAUGACUGGUUAACUACCACUUACCACCUGAUAAGGAGAACUCUGUGCUUAUAAAUUAUGGAAAGGGCAGUCUAAUUCUUAGAUAAAAUACAGCUAUGAGUAGUCCUGAUGUUUUAGAAAUGUUAAAAAAAGAUUUUAAAAGAUUUCCCAUUUCUUGGUUUUGCUUUUAAGGAUACAGAUUUUGACUCUGGAGGCUCACUAUUAUCAUCAACCAUGAACAGGUUAACAGCACUGACAAAAAAAGGUCACCACAGAGUCAUGCUCUAUCUGAUUGUAUUUUGCCUUCUUGUUUUCUUUGUAACCUGGUAUAUUAUCAAAAGAAGAUGA